AAAGGAGGCGGGAAAUACCUGGCAGCGUUCAGUCAGUUGUUCAGCGGUCUGGGCUGAGGAAGCAGGGGAGGCGCGCAGCUCCCUCUGUCUGCUGAAGUGAAUAUUGUCAGAAUUGUGAGGAAAAGACGCAGAUUGUGUACUUCGCUUUUAUCAGCUGAAAUAGGCUCUUAUCGCCUGCUGCUGAGGAGAACGCAGUACGUGUGAAGAAAGGGACGUUCCCACUUGAGGCAAAGCAAUAAUUUCUGAAGAAGAGAACUGAGGAGAAAUCGGUGAAAGUGAUUGUUUUGGCUUUAGCUUAUUCUGUGGAAGCAAGGAGUGAAAACGUUGUGUGUGAGCAGAGUAGUGACAAAAAGAAGAAGAGCUGAAGAAAAAAACUGAUUUGUUGCAAGAGAAUUGGAAUCCCAUAUAGGAGUUAUAUAGAUUUAUAUAAAGCGGUAACAUAUUCCAUGGCGCUGUACAACUGAAGGAUCAUUCUCAACCGAAAAAGUGUGGUAGUUCUGGAUGCAGGUGGCAUCUGACAAUCAAUAACAGACGACCCUCUUCUGGAUAGGAACGAACGCGCAGGAAGGAAAAAUAAGGAAUUUAUUUAAUUUGCCCCAGAGAAAAUGGCAAGAAAACACCCAGAUGUUCUAGCAAGAAGCAAAAGAGCUUUUUAAGAUGAGAUACGUGUAAUUAAAAAGUCAUCCAGAGUGUUAAACAUUAUCUGUCUGCCCUGGGGCUGGCGGAGGGGAAGGAUUGUGCAAGUUGUGUAUUUAGCCAGGCGUAGAUAAACAGCUGCAAAGGAUUCAAUCUGGUUAUUAUUUCUGCACUAAAUGAUAGUUUGAUGCACCCACAUGGAUGUGAAGAUCUCUGCUUUUUCUUAUUCCUGCAGCUCGGACCGACGUGGUAAUACAUUAAACCCGCUUUCGUGCCUGCCUUUUUUUCCUGUUUAAUCAUAUUUCCAUCGAGAACAACCAAACAACCGGAUUUUUGUUCUCCUUUGCCAUUGUUUUUUUUUAUUUGCAAUAACCAGAGCAAUAAUGUGUGGGGAGAAGAUGAGAUGAUCAGAUCUGGAAAUUGUAUGUAAGGACAAAUGGGAACUUGAGUGGUCGUGUUAGAAAGAAGAAAUAAAGGGAAUUGGUGGGGGGAUAUUUCUGAUCUGUUGACUGCCUGUUUAUGCGUUGUGUUUAUAUAUAAAUGGACAGGAUCAUAUUUCAUCAAAGAUAAAGCUGACAUGCAACAAAGGAUCUGCUUAUACAGUAACUGCAAGCCAUCCGAACUUAGUACAUGCAGGGGAAAGAAAUGAAUACUGAUUCUACCACUGAAGAUUUCUACUAUAAUAAAAAAACACUACGUUGACAUAUUGGAACAGUGACGGCCAUCCUGUUAUAAUUAAGAAUGAGAAUUUGGUUCUUGUUUUCUUUUCCUGUAUGUUUUCUUUUUUUAGACUCGGAAAUAAAUCAGUUGCUAACCACAGCUAAAUGCUCUUUUUAAAUAAUCACUUUAUGCCUUUAUUUUUUAUAUUUUCGCCACGCAAAGAAAAAUAAUUUGCCCAUCUGCAACGGAUUUUAAAAAAAGAAAUACUUUUUUUCUAUCACGAAUUUGCUUUAUUUUUAUAACUUAUAUUAUAUUUUUGGAACGAUACCAACAGAGUUCUGACAGAUGGUGAGCAUUUUUUUGCUUUCUUUUUGAAAACCAUUAGCACCUGGACUGUCACAUCUGAUCAGUUACCAUCAAUCAAUUAAGAAUAUAUAUUAUUUUUCUAAAAUGACAAUUAAACAUUAACAUUUUAUAUAGUUGUAGUCAUUUUGGUUUAGAGUUGGGUAACGCCAUAUUUAUUUUUGGAGAUUUAUUUUUUCUUAACUUGGUUUGGAAUUUUAUUUGCACUAUGAUGGAAGUACCUUCUUGCUCAAAGAAAAGUCUCUCGCUGACGCUUCCCGUACCACGGGAAGGGCAAGCUACCCUGAAGCCUCCACAACAUCUGUGGAGGCAACCAAGGACGCCCAUUCGAAUAAAGCACAGGGGUUACUCGGACACAGAUCGCCAUCCUCAUCGGCAGAUGGAAAGAGCGGAUGCUAUGGAUACCAGUGACCGCCCUGGUCUGAGAAAGUCCAGAAUGUCCUGGCCAUCUUCUUUCCAUGGUACCACCAGCAACAGCCAUUCAAGCCAUAAACAACGCUUCGAUGUGGAGAAUGGUCCUUCCCCAGGGCGCAGCCCAAUCGAUUCGCAGGCGAGUCCGGGGCUGGUGCUUCACCCCAGCUUUCCACAAAGCCAGAGGCGGGAAUCUUUCCUGUACCGGUCUGACAGUGACUAUGACAUGUCUCCGAAAACCAUGUCCCGCAAUUCCUCCAUCACCAGUGAGGCGCACACUGAGGACCUCAUUGUUACACCCUUUGCUCAGGUGCUGGCCAGCCUGCGUAGUGUGCGCAACAACUAUACCAUCCUUGCCAACGUUACCACCCCAACCAAGCGCUCCCCAGUGUUGCCUCAGCAAACAGUCUGUAAAGCAACUCUCUCAGAGGAAACGUAUCAGCAGCUAGCCAAAGAGACUCUGGAGGAGUUGGACUGGUGUCUGGAUCAGUUGGAGACUAUGCAGACCUACCGUUCUGUGAGCGAAAUGGCAUCUAACAAGUUCAAGAGAAUGCUGAACCGUGAGCUCACCCACCUGUCUGAGAUGAGCCGUUCAGGGAACCAGGUCUCAGAAUAUAUUUCCAACACAUUUCUUGAUAAGCAGAAUGAAGUGGAUAUCCCUUCCCCAACACAGAAGGAGAGAGAGAAGAAGAAAAAGCAGCAGCCCAUGUGCCAAAUCAGCGGUGUCAAAAAGUUAAUGCACAGCUCGAGCUUAACCCACUCUACCGUCCCACAGUUCGGAGUAAAAACCGACCAGGAGGAAGCUCUCGGCAAGGAACUGGACAAUUUAAACAAGUGGGGCCUUAACAUAUUCAGAGUAGCGGAAUAUUCCAAUAAUCGGCCACUUAGCUGUACAAUGUACACUGUAUUUCAGGAGAGAGAAUUACUGAAAACCUUCAAGAUCCCAGUAGACACCUUAAUGACGUACAUGAUGACCUUGGAAGAUCACUACCACGCCGACGUCGCUUACCACAACAGCCUACACGCAGCCGACGUCACGCAGUCCACGCACGUCCUCCUCUCCACACCGGCGUUAGAAGCGGUGUUUACAGACUUGGAGAUUUUGGCUGCAUUAUUUGCAGCUGCGAUUCAUGACGUAGACCAUCCUGGUGUUUCCAAUCAGUUCCUUAUUAAUACAAAUUCUGAGCUGGCGUUAAUGUACAAUGAUGAAUCUGUGUUGGAGAAUCACCAUUUAGCCGUGGGCUUUAAACUGCUGCAGGAAGAGAACUGUGAUAUUUUCCAGAACCUCACCAAAAGGCAGAGGCAGACGAUGAGAAAGAUGGUGAUUGACAUGGUUCUGGCCACUGACAUGUCCAAACACAUGAGUUUGUUAGCAGACCUGAAGACUAUGGUGGAGACUAAGAAAGUCACCAGUUCUGGAGUUCUUUUGCUGGAUAAUUACACCGAUAGGAUACAGGUCCUUCGGAACAUGGUGCACUGUGCCGAUCUGAGCAACCCAACCAAGCCGCUGGAGCUUUAUCGUCAGUGGACCGACCGCAUUCUGGAAGAGUUUUUCAGACAGGGGGACAAAGAAAGAGAGAGAGGAAUGGAGAUCAGCCCUAUGUGUGAUAAGCACACAGCAUCUGUGGAGAAAUCCCAGGUGGGUUUUAUCGAUUACAUUGUCCACCCGCUUUGGGAGACCUGGGCAGACCUCGUUCAUCCGGACGCUCAAGAUAUCUUGGAUACUUUAGAGGACAACAGAGACUGGUACCAAGGCAUGAUUCCACAGAGCCCCUCUCCGCCGCCCGACGACCCAGACAAGGAUGAGGAGGCCUGCAUCGAGAAGUUUCAGUUUGAGCUGACUUUGGAGGAGGAAGCGGAAGAUUCCGACAAGGACAGGAACAGUGGUGUCGAAGAAGAGGAUGGUAACUGUUUGCAUGAAGCGCCUGAAAUCCGAGAGCCAGAAGACGAGUUUAUGACAAUGCAUGAAGGACAAGCAGAACAAACAGAUGUCUACUCAGACAACAUAUCACCAGUAGAAGAUUCAUGAACUUUGUUCAAACAAUAAUUUUAAAUAUUAUAUAUUAUCACUAAAAAAAAGAAACUAUUUUACACAAGAUCAAAAAUGUGGUUUAUUUCCUAUUUAUUUUUUGUUUUUUUUAUUUCUAAUUUUUUUUUUGUAUUCUCAAGGGGAACAAACACAAUUACUGUAGAUUCAGAUACUUUUGCACAGAAUAGGAGUUUGUUGCCAUAAGAAAGUUACAACACACUCUAGAAAAAAAACUGUAACUUAUUAUCAUUUUUUAGUAUUUUAUUUCAUUUGCCUUUUUUUUUUUUUUUCUUCUUCACCUUCCAACGGAUGCAACCAGGAGAAAAACCCAGUCCAUUUCUAUUUUUUGCCGCUUGGUUUAAUAAGCCAUUUUUUUCUUUUUUCCAAAAGAAAAUGUAUUGACUGUAGAUUUUUUUCUAAGUUUUUCCGUUUCUUUUGGACACGUAGAACAUUGGCCAUGCAAAAAGAAAAAAAAAAAUUUGCUCAUGCCACCAAGCUGUUUCAACGCCUUCGGAUAGUCUAAAGGGGAGAAGCAGUCGGAAAAUGACAGUGGAAAGGGUGUGCCUUUUAUAUAAAUAUACAUAGUUCUGUCUGAUUCUGUGUGAUAAACGGAGCUUCUGGGUCAACAGUGAACAGCUUCAACCUUCUCUUGUCACUGAGAUGUGUAUACAGAGGAUAUUGGAGCCGACAAACCAAUACCUUAUGGAAUUCGCAAUUUCCUGCCUGAAAGGAGUGUCGUACAUUUCAACCCCUAUUUACUAGCGACACUGUCACGAAAAAAAAAAAAAUCAACAGUAUCCAGCAAAGACACUUUUUUUGGUUUAAAAAAAAAAAAAGUAAUAUUUUAUUUGUCUAUAUCUCUUGACAUAGAUAUAUAAUAUAUAUAUAUUUUCUAAAUGCUCUUACGUUAUUGCUCAUCUCUUGUAAUGGAGUCAGCAUUAAUGCCAUAGUUUUACUAAGGGAGUCCGGUGGGAAACGAAUGGAAAUAUUAACGUAGAAGCCACUUGCAGUUCAUCUAAAAGUCUUCCUCGAUUUACUUUUCUUUCAUUUGCACAUUCUGGCAAUACACGAGCAUAAAGAGCAGGCUUCUAGGGAGGAGGAAAAUAGAACACUUUGAUUUUUCACCAGCAAAUUCAGUUUUUUUCUUUUCUUUUCACAUGUGUUCGUUUCUUGUUGGUAAACGUUCGUGCCCCGUGUCCGUAAGAUGCUCAUAUUAGAUGAACUGUCUGGUACCCCAGUGUUUAGUCAUUGAGUCUGACUGUAUGUUGUGAUUUUAUAUUCAUAUAUAAGAAAAUAUACACUUUGGCUGUUUGAUGGAAAACCCCACAGGAACAAAAAUGGGAAUUCAUGGGGCAGAGUUAUCGACAUUCAAAAUUGCAAGGUUUUUUUUAAUUUAUGCUGAUUUAUGGAAAAACACUGCACCCCACAAUUGCAAUCAAUCUGACAAAUUAUAAUUUCAUUGAAAAUAAUUUUCAGCUUUUAGGUGACAAAUUUUGAGUUUUAGUCUUUUGCGUUUAAAGAAACUCAAAUUUGCAAUUUUUGCCUCCAAAAAACCCUCCUCGGUGGUGAGAACUCUAAUUUGAAUGUUGAUAAAUCGGCCCAAAUUAAUUCACAAUAGACUAUAUAUAUAUAUAGUUAUAUAUAUUUCCUGUUUUGAACCCAUGAUGAGUUGCCUGUGCUUAUUUGUGCAGAUAUGCCAACUUAAUCCACAUCAUUGAUCAUCCUUUGUUACUUGGGUAUUGAGAAGAAUAAGGUUGUGCAAAUGCCAGGGCAGGAUUUUGAUCUUGCUAGAAAAGGUCAACAGCACCUGUCCAAUUGUGGUGGCAAAAGAUAGAAAUACGGUAGAGAGAUGUAUACCUGACUUAAAGAGCAUGUAAAAUCUAAAAAGAAUAAGGCUAGAAAUGCUGUAUUUUAUAUACUUAACAUAAACAUGAAC